AUGCUGCGAUCAUCGCUCCGGUCGGCACGGGUGCUGGGCGGCACGCCUAUUACGGCUGCUGCCAGCCGCCAAUGGCCAUCUGCCGCGGCAGCGUCGCGACGAGCUUGCUUGCUGGGUAUUAGGUCCUUUGCCGACCAGAAGAAGCCCGGCCACGACGCGUCCAAGGCCGCCGUGCUACCCUCUACCGAGACGUCGAGCUCUGAGCGAACCCCGUCGCCCUCCAGCUUCGGCGAGACCAAGUCUCCGCCUGUCGUGAAUAUCCCUCCGACUCCUCCCACGCCCGAGGAAGCUUCCGUCGGGCGAACUAAAUCCCCCACGACGAUUGACGAUAUCGGCGAAUCCAGUGUCAAUGCUGGCCGGGUGCCUCCUUUGCCUGGCUCCAGGCCACAGCCCACAGCCACAAUCGACGAUGUCGGCGAGUCCACGGUUCUCCAGGCCAAUACACCAAGCCCGCCGCCCCCGCCCCCGCCUAGGACCAAGAGCUUCAUGGGCCGGCUGAGAAGCUUUGUCUUUACACUUGUUCUGCUCGGCGCGGUUGGGUUUGGAGGCGGCGUUUGGUACUCUCGAGUCAACGACAAUUUCCAUGAUUUCUUUACCGAGUACGUUCCCUAUGGCGAACAGGCUGUCCUGUACUUGGAAGAAAUGGAGUUCAAAAAGAAGUUCCCGCACGCCACGGGGCGCGAUCCGAGGCCACGCCGCGAGUCCGAUCAGCCGGUUAGAAUCCCGGCGCAGAGCGGUGCUUCUUGGAGGGUGGCGGACAACGGGGAGCCGGGUGGCCGCCAGUCGAGCGCCUCGGCCGGAACCAGGAGCCUGACAGGCAAGUCGUCGUCAAAGGCUUCGCCCGACGAACCCAGGAGGGCCUCGUCACCGACGCCUCCAGCUGCUGACGUUGAGCCUGCGGCUGCCAAGUCUGCCGAGAGGGCCACUCCCCAGAAAUCUGCAAAAUCUUCCUCUACAAGCUUCAAGGCCCCUGAAGUCAAUGAGCCGUCCAAGUUUCCCCCCCUGCAGCCAAUCGACCUCAUGUCGCUUCCCGAUGCAAAGGAGCCCAUUGUCCGGGACCUCGUGCACAUGCUCAACGAUCUGAUACUGGUGAUCAACGCCGAUGGUGCUCAUGGCAAGUACGGAACGACCGUCAACAAGGCCAAGAACGACAUCGUCAAGGUCGGGGACAGGCUCAAGGCCAUGAGGAAGAGUGUGGAAAAGAAGGCCGCUGGCGAGGUCAAGUCGUCCAUCGAGGAGUUCGACAAGGCCGCUACCGAGCUCAUCAAGCGCGUCGAGAAGACCAUGUUGGCGCAAGAGGUUGAGUGGCGACGCGAAUUCGAGCAGGAGAUGAAGACGGUGCGCGAGAGCUACGACGAACGAGUCAAGCUUCUCAUGGAACGCGAGAAGAAGCUCAACGAGGAAAAGCUCGGCAAUCAGCUCCUGGAGCAAGCCCUGGCCCUGAAGAAGGAGUUUGUCCAAGACGUCAAGAACCAGGUUGAGCGGGAGCGGGACGGCCGCUUGGGUAAAGUGGGCGAGUUGUCGUCGGCCGUGUCCGAUCUGGAGAAGCUAAUGGCCGGGUGGAACGACGUGGUCGACUCCAACCUCAAGACGCAGCAGCUGCAUGUGGCCGUCGAAGCGCUCGUCGCCCUCAAGGAGAUUGCUACCGACGACCCCGUGGUAGACGCAGCCAUUGCCUCUGUCAACCCCGCCGCCUAUCAACGGGGCAUCGCAACGCCUUCUCAGCUGAUCGACCGAUUCCGCCGAGUGGCUGGCGAGGUGCGCAAAGCGUCCCUGCUCCCCGAGGAUGCCGGCGUGGCCAGCCACGCCUCCAGCUGGGUCCUCAGCCACGUCUUGUUCAAGAAGCAGGGGCUCGCAGAGGGGGGCGAUGUGGAGAGCAUCCUGACGCGCACGCAGACGUAUCUGGAAGAGGGCGACCUGGACGCUGCAGCCCGGGAGAUGAAUGGGCUGCAGGGGUGGGCAAAGACGCUCAGCAAGGACUGGCUGAGCGAGGUUCGCAAGGUGCUCGAAGUCCAACAGGCGCUCGAUGUCAUUGCUACGGAGGCGCGGCUGCAGAGCCUGAGGGUGGACUGA